UAAAUCCUAGCAUCCAUGAUCGGUUGUCAUAGCAUCUUUACUCAAUUUACAAACAAUUUACUUGUUGGUUUAGUAAAGAAAAUUGCUGUGCUAAGAAUAUUUCAUCAACAAUACAUCAACAUGACCGAGGAAACGACCCCAGUGAAGAAGGGACGUGGACGCCCCAGAAAAAACGAUGUGGCGGUAAAAGAGGCACCGGUGGAAAAAAAGAAGCCGCCACCACCGAAAGAAGCGGAGGAGCCCCUUGAUGCGAGUGAGAAUUCGGAAUCGGAGGAAGAGCGUUCGGUGUCGCCGCCGCCCCGUAAAAAGGCACCGGUUGCCAAAAAACGCGAAUCUGAGGCCCACUCCGAAGCGGACAAGGAUGCAGCACCACCAGCGAAGCGAGGUCGCGGCCGCCCACCAAAGGCAAAUAAGAAGCCGAAACCGGUGCCAGUGCCUGGUCGUGGCCGUGGUCGUCCAAAAAAGAAUCCUCUCAGGAAGGACGACACAAUGUCUGAUGCCGAGGUCGUUGAACCGAAGAAGGGUCGUGGACGCCCACCGAACCCUGACAAGAACAGUGUGGCGCCGAAAAAGAGGGCCCGUGCCCCUUCGCCGAAGGAGUCAAAGCUGGCCGAGGAGCGCGAAAAGGAGAAAACCGUCGCGUCGGACGAUGGCGAAGAACCGUCCCCGAAGCGGGGCCGUGGCAGACCGAAAGGAAGCACCAAGAAGUCUGCAAAAACGGCCAAGAAAGCUCCGGCAGCACCGGUCGGCCGAGGCCGGGGACGAGGUCGAAAGAAGCCGGUCAAAGAGGAAUCCUCCGAAGAGGAGGAUGACGACGAUGACGACGAGGAUGACGAGCCGGAGGAUAGCGAGGGCAAUGAGGAAAAUUAUGAAAACGAAGAGUCCGAUUCGUAAUUGCGUAAAGCAUAACACUGCCAACUUUCCUUUCCUUUUUGCGUCCGAUUGACGAGAGCGUUUAAUUGUCCUGCUCGCCAUUUUCGCGAACCAUUUUCCGUAUGCGCCCACAUGUACCUCGUGCGGCCAAUAUAAAAGUAUCGGGCGCGAAUCCUUGGAGCGGAGCACAUUUGGACGAAAUUAAACCAAGAUCGAGAUAUCCUUCCCAAACUAACUCAGCAGAACAUUUGACGAAUCCUGUUGAAAUAAACUAAAAUAAACAGCCACAACAUGUGACCAAAAAGUC